AUAACAUAUUGGCACAUUUAAUAUCGAUUGCUUAAUGGGCAACUGUUACGCCACAAGCAAACAGCUGCUUUUAAGAACGUAAACAUGUCGUUGGCGAAUCCUUUUCGAACUGUAUUUCGUCUGCCAAGUCGAAGCCAACGCAUCAACUGGUUUCCCGGCCACAUGACCAAGGGCAUGCGACAAAUACAACAAAAGCUACGCUCCGUCGAUUGCAUUGUUGAAAUACACGAUGCGCGCAUUCCUAUAGCCGGCAGAAAUUCACAAUUCUUUGAGACCAUUACGGGCAACGGCGUGAAACCUCAUAUAUUAGUACUGAAUAAGAUCGAUCUAUUGGGCGGCAAGCAACAACGUGGAAUACUCAAGCAGCUUCGUACUCAUCAGCCAGAACUGAAAAAUAUUCUCUUUACAAAUUGCAAGGAUCAGCGUAAUACCGGUGUAUUAGACAUAUUGCCAUUGGCAACCAAGUUAGUGGGGGAGAGUAGUCGAUUCAAUAGAGCACAAAGUUCCGAGCACAAUAUAAUGAUAAUUGGAGUGCCCAAUGUCGGCAAGAGCAGCAUCAUCAAUGUUCUACGAAAUGUACAUCUCAAAAAACGCAGCGCGGCACGCGUUGGCGCCGAGGCCGGUAUUACGCGGUCCGUCGGUGAGCGCAUCAAAAUCCAGGAACAGCCACCGGUUUAUAUGAUUGAUACACCCGGCAUACUGCAGCCCUCAAUCACAGAUGAUGAAAUGGGCAUGAAACUGGCCUUAGUUGGCUGCCUGCCAGAUCAUAUCGUUGGCGAGGACCUGAUUGCCGACUAUUUGCUGUAUUGGCUAAACAAGCACAAGCGCUACGAGUAUGUGAAAAUGUUGGGUCUACACUCCGGUCCCAGCGACAACAUAAGCGCCGUGCUGGCAGAAUAUGCUCAGCAACAGGCUAUGUUUCAUCGUGUCAAGCAAUACAAUGGUCAGGUGGAAGUGAUGACAAAUUUAUUGGCUGCUGCGCGCAAAUUUAUUAGUUUCUUUCGCACUGGACAGCUGGGAGCUAUUAAUUUAGACGAAGAAUCUAAUUAGUUAAUUGAAAUUGUGUUUUAAUUUUCAUAAUAUAAUUAUAAAAGUACGUUAAUUUCUAGU